GGUAAUUUUGAACCGCGUGUGUCGUGUUUUGGUGCAGCUCGUUGUUAAAGACAUGAGUCUGGUGUUUGAUUAACGUCGCUGUUAUGAAUCUGGAGACGUUAGACAGAGUUAGUCUCUCUCUGUUUACAGUCAGACCCCUCCUUCACUGCGCUAAUUAACGUUUAGCUUAAAAAUGACACAAAUGAGUCUGACAGGGACUCAGUCAGAUUUAUUUACUGACUCUGGAAACCCUCACACUGAUCUGGACACCCUCCCUCCUGGCAAUGGUGAUGAACUAUGGCAGCAUGUUGAGGUGGGACAGAAGGAUGGAGCUCCAGCUGAGACAGACAGCGAUUCGGGGGACAGCCUGUUCAUCACCCAGAAACCUGUAGCUGAGGCUGUGAGGUCAGGGAGGCGAAGCCGCCGGAGCAGCUUCUCUCCAGGCUCUCCAUCCGACACCGAUGCAGAGCGAAGCGACGACUCAGCUUCACCUGAAAAGUCCGAGACUGACAAAAAGAAGACGCCCAAGAAACUCAAACGACCAAAGUACAGCUUCUCCUUCCUCAGGCAGAGCAAGAUUACUGGGCGCAUGUGUGUUGGAGAGCUAAAGGCCAAACAGAACACAGAACUACAAAAUGCGGCGAUGGGAGGUUUCUUUAAGUGCGCCAGAGACAUGUGGCAGAACUACCCAACGAAAGAGGACCUGGAGUCGGCUUUACCAACAGUAGACAUGCCGGGGGAAUCCAUCCAUCCAAUAUCAGAAGAAGAAGAAGAAGAAAGGCCAGAAGACGAGGACAUCAAAGUGGUGGAGAAGAAACGUUUCGUGGUGUCUUUAAAAGCAAAGUCCUCCCAACCUUGGCCGGAGGGUGAUGUAGGAAUCACCGAGGUAGAGGAGACUCCCAGUCUGACGCAGACCAUCGAUGAGCUGGAGAUUCAUGGAAAAGGUUCUGAGGAGAUUGACAACAUGAUGACACUGGAGGAGGACGUUCCUGAUGCAAACAUCAAGGAGAAAAAGAAUAAGUUAGCAGAGGAGGAUGUAAGAGAGGAGGAGGAAGGACACUUGGAAUCAGACGUGAGGGUGGAAGAGGAGGAUUCUGAGAGUUGUAACGCAGAGAAGAAAAGCGAUGAGGAUGCUGACCUGUUGAACUCCAAUCUCCAAUCCAAACCUCUGAAUGAUGUUGCAGAGAAACCGAGGAAGAAAAAGAAAAAGGAUAAGUUAGCAGCAGAGGAUGUAAGAGAGGAGAAUAAUGGACACUUGGAAUCAGAUGUGAGGGUAGAAGAGGAGGAUUCUGAUCGUUGUGACACAGAGAAUGCCGGCGAGAAGAAAAACGAUGAAGAUGUUGACCUGUUGAAAUCCAAUCUCCAAUCCAAACCUCUAAAUGAUGUUGCAGAGAAACUAAAGAAGAAGAAAAAUAAGAAGAAAAAGAAUAAGUUAGCAGCAGAGGAUGUAGGAGAAGAGGAGGAAGGACAUUUGAAAUCAGACGGGAGGGUGGAAGAGGAGUCUGUGUCUUUAGAGAGUUGUGACGCUGAGAAUGGCAGUGAGAAGAAAAGCGAUGAGGAUGUUGAUCUGUUGACAUCCAGUCUCCAAUCUGAACCUCUGAUUAAUGUUGCAGAGAAACUAAAGAAGAAGAAGAAGAAGAAAAAGAAUAAGUUAGCAGUAGAGGAUGGAGGACAGGAGGAGGAAGGACACUUGGAAUCAGACACGAGGGUGGAAGAGGAGGAUUCUGUGUUUUCUGAUCGUUGUAUCACAGAGAAUGGCAGCAAAAAGAAAAGCGAUGAGGAUGUUGACCUGUUGAACUUCAGUCUCCAGUCCGAACCUCUAUAUGAUGUUGCAGAGAAACCAAAGAAGAAGAAGAAGAAAAAGAAUAAGUUAGCAGCAGAGGAUGGAAGACAGGAGGGGGAGGAAGGACACUUGGAAUCAGACGUGAGGGUGGAAGAGCAGGAUUCUGAGAGUUGUAUCACCGAGAAUGGCGACGAGAAGAAAAGCGAUGAGGAUGUUGACCUGCUGACGUCCAGUCUCCAAUCCGAACCUCUAAAUGAUGUUGCAGAGAAACCGAAGAAGAAGAAAAAGACUAAGUUAGCAGUAGAGGAUGUAAGAGAGGAGGAGGAAGGACACUUGGAAUCAGAUGUGAGGGUGGAAGAGGAGGAUUCUGUGUUUUCUGAUCGUUGUGACGCAGAGGAUGGCGGCGAGAAGAAAAGCGAUGAGGAUGUUGACUCACUGAAAUCCAAUCUCCAAUCCGAACCUCUAAGUGAUGUUGCAGAGAAACCGAAGAAGAAGAAGAAAAAGAAUAAGUUAGCAGCAGAGUAUGUAAGACACGAGGGGGAGGAAGGACACUUGGAAUCAGACGUGAGGACGGAAGAGGAGUCUGUGUUUUUAGAGAGUUGUGACACAGAGAAUGGCGGCGAGAAGAAAAGCGAUGAGGAUAUUGACUCACUGAAAUCCAAUCUCCACGCCAAACCUCUGAAUGAUGUUGCAGAGAAACCGAAAAGGAAGAAGAAGAAAAAGACUAAGUUAGCAGCAGAGGAUGUAAGACAGGAGGGGGAUGAAGGGCACUUGGAAUUAGAUGUGAGGGUGGAAGAGCAGGAUUCUGUGUUUUCUGAUCGUUGUGAUGCAGAGAAUGGCGGCGAGAAGAAAAGCGAUGAGGAUGUCUCUGUGAAAAGAAAAAAGAAAAAGAAGCAAAAGUCAGCUUCUGUUGAUGAUGAUGCUCCAAUUGGAAGAGAUGAUUGUAUAGAUGAGAGCUUUUCUAAGGAGGUUAUAACAGAGUCGCCAGUUCAAAAAAAGAAGAAGAAGAAGAAAAAGGAGAAGACCGAAGAUGAAAAUGUAGGUGGCGCUCAGGAAACAACAGAGGGCGGCGAAGACCAAGAUGCUGGACUGGUGGGCACAAUCACCAACAACGACACCGUGACACAAAACGAUGAUUCUGUGCGGAAAAAGAAGAGGACCCGUUCCUUCCUUGUUGCUGAUGCAGAGGAAACCGCUGCUCAGACACACCAGGAAACGCAGUCCGGGGCUGCAGACAAACCCGCCGGUGAAUCAGCAGAAACCGCAGGAAGCUGGAUGGGCUCUGAUGAUGGGGUCAGGAAAAAGAAGAAGAAGAGGAAGAAGGUGUCAGCUGAAAGGGAGAGAGUGGAAAAAGACCACGAGCUGGAUUUUGAGGAGCCAAACACAACGUGUCUGGUAGUCGAAACCGGGCUCAAGAGAAAGAAGAAACGCAAAAUGGACGAGGAGGUGGCCUCCGUGGAGAAAUCAGAAAGAGAUUCGCAAACUGAUGAGAAUGUGGGGUCAAAGAAGAAGAGGAAAAAAAAGAUUCCACCAACUACGGCUGAAAAUAAUGAAUCAGAAGAAGCUACACUGAAUGUUAGUGUCUCGCUUUCAAACAAGAAAAAGAGCCAAACUGUGGCUGCAAAGGGACUCAAUGACACAUGUAAUGAUGGCAGUGCAGCUGAUGAUAGAACAACAAGGGAAGCUCUGGCUGAACGCGCUUCCCCAUCUCCAGAGACACCAGGAAAUCAGCCACUCAAUGAUGUGAAGGGCAAGAAAAAGAGGAAAAAGGUCAAAGAGAGUGACACAGUUUCACUUGAGGCAAAGUCAUUUACAGAAAUCGAGGCUCAUAAACCCAAAAAGAACAGAAGAGAGACAGAGUCCAGCUUCAGCCCUGUGUUUUCAGACACCUCUCUCUCUCAGUGUGAGCCAUCCUCUUCGCUCAGCAUCCGCAAAAAAAAGCACAAAAAAAGCAAAGCGGAAACUUUGCAGUCCCACUGAGGAUUUCUUUACAGACUGUUAGUGUGAAGCCGCUCAGAUCGGCUUCUCAAAUACAUCGAGCUGUCAGUGUUUUUACAUGAACUACCUUUUUUAAAGAUGUGUUUUGUUUUGUAUCAAAGCAUUUUCACAUUUCAUUGUUGUAUUUUUUUAUGUUGAGAAAAGGCACUUUUUAAUGUAUAAUUUCAAAAUAAAAGCGUCUGAAUAUGAAAA